UUAGUGGCUAAUACAUUCGUAUAGGUGGAGGUUAUAAAAAGGAAAGCGAAGCGACAUUUCUUCAGUAGUCUCGGCCUGGGCAUCUUGGUUGCAAUUUGCACUUUCUCGUCUGUGUUUCCUUGCCUGAUCGACAAAUUCAGCACAAUGUUCCGCACCUUGGUGGUUGUACUGUUGGCAACAGUGGCAGUCUCUGUCUUUGGGAAAGAUUAUCCGGUAUCCAAAGACUGUAACGAUGACCCUGCAGGCUGCAAAAUAUGUGUGCAAACUUACCAGUUCAUGAAGGAUUCACUCAUGAACGCAGCGUUUGUCCGCACCAACAUUGAGUACUGCAAACUUUGUACCUGCCCUUUCGUCCCCAAAGGACAACCAGAGCAUGGGGCUUGUGUCGACCACUUCAACGAAAUAUAUGGCCACGUUAAGCUGUUUGUGUCAAUGUACUUGGACGACACUCGUAAAUACUGUGGAUACAUCUGCCCAUCGGCAAGAAACAGCAGCCUGCCAAGUUGCCAACCGAAAGCCGUCCAGCUUAGAGAAGGAGAUACAUGUGUGCUUAACGAAGAUGGCCCAGUGUGUGGAGUCUGCACUGGAACAGUGGUCUGGCUGAAAGAAAUGCUUCUUAACAAGCAGCUCAUUAUGACUGCCGACGUGUAUUUGAACUUCUACUGUGAUCUGGCAGCGUCUCCGUGUGUUCGGCAAAUCUGCCGUCAGUACGUGCGGGAAAUGAACAAGCUCGCCAUGGCACUCGGAACUGUCUUGGAUGCAAAGUCUGUGUGUCAGCCUAUGUGCUCUAGUUCUGUUACCGUCCACACUCCUAACCUGGCUGGUGCAAUCGCAGACUUCCUCCGCCAUGUGACUGAAGUAAUGGAUGUCGUUGCUGGUAAAUAGACUUGAUUUUGAGGACACCUACAUGGGAUUUGUUCGACGAUGACCUCAGACAGAUUGUUGAAGUCAAUCCGCCCCUUAUUUACCGGUACCUCUCGACUUUUUCGUCACUGUCUCUCAGUUGAAUUUCACAGUGGGUUUGACUAGUUUCCAAUGUUUAGAAGAAACUCCAUGACUGGUGGAAACUUUCUAAUAAAUCAAAUAAUGAAGCCUGCAAGUCCAAUGUAACGGCCUUUUUGAAAAGUAUUUUCGUGUUGUUUCCCCCUUGACUAUUUAAAAAAAUUGUUUUCACAGUUUUUCUCAAUUAUUUUUAAUUUUAUAUUUUAUAAGGGUUGUUAAAUUUCAAUUAAAGACCACAUGGAUGAAUCUGUUAAAGCACCUGUCAUCUGAAAAGAACAAUCCCGUGUAUGCUUGUGUAGUUGUGCUUGGAACUAUCUAAACUUCACGACAAAGAUUUCUGAGUUAAGUUGCUUUAUUUGCUUGUAGUUGCAGGAAUGAGCAGUUUGUAAAGCUCGAAGACUUUAUGUUAACAGCUCUUGCGUCAUCGCUAAGGAUUUCGUUUUUGAGCUGAAAUUAUUCAAGCCCUUACAAGAUUUUCUUUUUCUGUUUGGGUCAAUUGUAUUGUUUUAUAUUUUAAUGAAACAGCAAACCGAAUUUCCAAAAGAGAAUUUGCAUUCACACCCUGUACGGAAUAACACCCGACGCGGUCAUGACUUGUUUGGCUAAAGUCAUGACGAAGAACUGAUAGCAGCUGAAAUAUUUCAAAAGCCAACUUGUCUGACGCUCCUGAUAAACAGUUUACGUCCCUUGUCACACCGAGGUAACUUUUUUUCCGUUCCACAGUCGGGUACAAUUCAGUCAAAACAAACCGUAAAUUGACAGAUUAUUCAGGCUUGCGUGGUUAUUACUUUAAAAAUCACAUCUUUAACCUAUGCACAAACCACAUAUUUAACCAAAGGUCAACGCCUGGAGCUCUUAAGCGAUAUACCUGAUCUUUAAAGGAUAUUAAAUAACAAGAAAAUCAAAACAGGAUUAAGAAAGAACCAAUGUAUAAAAGAGAUGUUAUUUUGCACUCUGGGCAAAGUCGUUCCAAUUCCGGGUGAGUUUUUGGUGAACGCAUGGCUAACAGUACAACAUUAAUUUCAGUGUAAAAUAACGGCCUUCAGUGGUAGCAAGUCAUGUCAACAUUUUGUUUUUGUUUUGUUUCUUGGUAGAUGAAGCUUGUAAUAGUAUGCAUGCUAGUGCUAUGGGUAUAACGAAAUAAACGCAUUAUAAAGAGCAUA